AUGGCAGGAGGGAACCAGAGCAGCGUGUUUGAGUUCCUGCUCUGGGGACUCUCCGAGCAGCCAGCGCAGCAGCACAUGCUCUUUCUGCUGUUCCUGUGGAUGUAUGUGGUCACUGUGGCUGGGAAUCUGCUCAUUAUCCUGGCCAUUGUUACCCACACCCAUCUCCACACACCCAUGUACUUCUUUCUGGCCAGCCUGUCCUGGGCAGACAUCCUUUUCACCUCCACCACCGUGCCCAAGGCCCUGGUGAACAUCCAGACCCAGAGCAGGUCCAUCUCCUAUGCAGGGUGUCUGGUUCAGCUCUACUUCUUCUUGACAUUUGGGGACAUGGACAUAUUUCUCCUGGCUGCCAUGGCCUAUGACCGCCACGUGGCCAUCUGCCACCCUCUCCACUACACCAUGGUCAUGAGCCGCCAACGCUGUAUCAUCCUGGUUACCGCCUGCUGGACCCUUACAAGUCUUGUGGCCACGACACACACUUCCCUCAUAUUCCGACUUUCCUUCUGCUCUAAGAAGAUCAUUCCAGAUUUCUUCUGUGACCUGGGACCCCUGAUGAAGUUGUCUUGCUCUGACACGCGGGUCAAUGAGCUUGUGCUCCUCUUCUUGGGGGGAGCAGUCAUUUUAAUCCCCUUUAUGCUCAUCCUGGCCUCUUACAUCCAUAUUGUUUCAGCCAUCUUCAGGGUCCCCUCUGCCCAAGGAAGGUACAAGGCCUUCUCCACCUGUGGAUCCCACCUUGCUGUUGUUGCCUUGUUCUUUGGGACUGUGAUCAGGGCUUAUCUGUGCCCCUCAUCCUCGUCCUCCAACGCAGUAGAAGAGGAUACAGCAGCUGCUGUCAUGUAUUCAGUGGUGGCUCCCCUGCUAAACCCUUUCAUUUACAGCCUGCGAAACAAGGACAUGCAGGGAGCCCUGGGGAGACUUCUGAGGGGCAAAGUCUCCUCGUGGGGACAGUGA